AUGGCUGCUGCUUCAAUUGACGAAGGGUCGCGACAUCCACAACAUGUAGAGGUUGUUCCCUUUAACACAUCCGAGGUUCCUUUAGUCCCGGUUUUACUUCAUGGGAACUUAGAUAUAUGUGUGAAAGAGGCCAACAGACUGCCCAACAUGGAUGCAUUCAAUAAAAAGUUUACUCCCCUUUCGGGCACCAGCGAUCCGUAUGUGACGGUAUCUGUUGCGAAUGCUGUUACCGGAAGAACCUCCGUCAUAAGGAACAGUGAGAACCCUGUUUGGAUGCAGCAUUUUUACGUUCCCGUGGCACAUCAUACCACGCAAGUGCUGUUUGUUGUAAAAGACAGUGACGUUGUUGGUUCUCAGCUGAUAGGGGCGGUCGGGAUUCCAGCUGAACAGUUGGUUUCUAAUUCUGUCGUUAAGGGUACUUUUCCUAUCUUGAAUGCAAGCGGGCAACCAUGUAAACCUGGCGCGGUAUUAACUCUAUCGGUUGAGUACACACCGGUGGAUAAGAUGGCGAUUUAUUGUGGUGGGGUUGGGUCGGAUCCACAAUGUAAAGGCGUCCCGGAAACCUAUUUUCCUCUUAGAAGAGGAGGAAAGGUUACCCUGUAUCAAGACGCCCAUGUUGAUGGUAGCAUUCCAAGUUUAAAGCUUGAUCGCGGUUUAAAAUAUGUACAGGCCGAUUGUUGGAGGGAUAUAUGUGACGCUAUCAGGCAAGCCCGUCGCUUGAUCUAUAUCACCGGGUGGUCUGUCUUCCACAAAGUUCAGCUCGUUCGUUAUGGUGCAAAAGCACGAGAUAGCGUUUUAGGAGACCUUCUCAAGAGCAAGUCAGAGGAAGGUGUGAGAGUGCUUCUCCUUGUAUGGGAUGAUCCUACUUCAAAGAGCAUUUUCGGAUAUAAAACAGAGGGAGUUAUGCAAACUCAUGAUGAAGAAACUCGAGCUUUUUUCAAGAAUUCUUCGGUGCAAGUAUUACUAUGUCCUCGCUCAAUAGCAAAGACUAGCUGGGCCAAGAAGGAUGUUGAAACCAUCUAUAGCCACCAUCAAAAAACUGUCAUAGUAGACGCUGAUGCUGGUAUCAAAAGACGAAUCAUGGCAUUUGUUGGAGGUCUUGACCUAUGUGAAGGACGUUAUGAUACUCCUGAACAUUCUCUUUUUAGCACACUAAACACGCUGCACAAAGAUGAUUAUCACAAUCCUAACUAUACAGGUUCAACGGCUGGUUGUCCAAGACAACCAUGGCAUGAUUUGCAUUGUCGAAUAGAAGGUCCAGCAGCGUAUGACGUGCUCCAAAAUUUUGAGGAACGUUGGUUGAGGGCUUCAAAGCCUCGUGGACUUUCGAAAAUAAGUAAAUUUUCUGAUGUGCUACUUAAAGUUGAUAGAGUUCCGGAGAUCUUAGGCAUCACUGAUGCCCGUUAUACAAGCGAGAAAGAUCCAGAGGGUUGGCAUGUCCAGGUAUUUCGUUCCAUUGAUUCCAACUCUGUUAAAGGUUUAGGUUUCCCCAAAGACCCAAAAGAUGCUAAAAGCAAGAACUUGAUAUGUGGGAAAAAUGUGCUCAUAGACAUGAGUAUACAUACUGCGUAUGUGAAGGCAAUUCGUACUGCUCAACAUUUCAUAUAUAUUGAAAACCAAUUCUUUCUUGGUUCUUCAUAUAACUGGGCUGAUCACAAAAGCUUGGGUGCAAACAAUCUGAUACCAAUGGAAAUCGCUCUUAAGAUAGCAAGUAAAAUCCGAGCAAAUCAGAGGUUUGCUGUAUAUAUUGUGAUUCCAAUGUUUCCAGAGGGUAACCCAACUAGUUCUGCUACUCAACGGAUUCUAUUGUGGCAGCAUCACACAAUGCAAAUGAUGUAUGGAGUUAUUUACAAUGCAUUGAAAGAAACAGGGCUUGAUAAUGAGUUUGAGCCACAAGACUACUUGAACUUUUUCUGUCUUGGCACACGGGAGUCAUCUCAAAGUGUACAAGUACCACCAACUUCCAACGGGAAAAAUUCACAUCCCCCAAAUACACCUCAAGCACUUAGUAUCACAAGUCGACGUUUCAUGAUCCAUGUGAAUUCGAAAGGAAUGAUAGUUGACGACGAGUUUGUGCUAUUGGGAUCUGCAAAUAUCAACCAACGUUCAUUGGAAGGUACCCGAGACACUGAAAUUGCUAUGGGUGCAUAUCAACCUCAUUAUACGUGGGCUCACAAAGGUUCUAAUCCAAAUGGACAGAUAUUUGGAUACCGAAUGUCACUUUGGGCAGAGCAUAUUGGAGACCUGGAGAGCAGUUUCGAGGAACCACAUAGUCUGGAGUGCGUGAGACGAGUGAGGUUAUUAGGUGAGCAGAACUGGAAACAAUAUGCAGACGAUAAAGUGACAGACAUGACGGCUCAUUUGUUGAAGUAUCCGGUGGACGUUGAUCGGAAGGGCAACGUUAAUCCACUUUCUGGAUGUCCAAAUUUUCCAGAUGUGGGUGGCAGCAUUGUGGGUUCUUUUGUGUCCGUUCAAGAGAACCUCACCAUAUGAAAGUUGCGGUUUCAUGUUUCUUGGGUUUUCUUUAUGUCUUUAAAUAGUAUGCUGGUUAUUUUCAUCAUAUAAUCUUACAAGUCCAUAAAUAAAAUGCAUCUUUUUUUUUU